UAACAAAUAUCUUUCUACGGUAACAAACACAACUAGCAUAGUUUAUUUGAGGACUCUACGUUUACGAGUGAUUGUCAUGCGAGAUAAGUCCAACGUAGGAUACCUUAGAUUAGGACUGGCCAUAGAUGUAGAGUACGCCACACCAGAUUCUGAUACGAUAACAUCAACACUAAGGGUUGUUCACGACAUGCCCAACGCUGGAAUUCUACAAGGGUUGCAAAUAUGCGGAGGAGUUCUAGGAGUAGUCAUGGUGUUGUAUGGCUUGGUUCAAUGGCGUGGAGUUAUAAGACGAGGAGGUUCCUACAUAGCCAUAGGGCCUCUGUUAGCCAGCUCCGUAUCUGAUGUUCUACAUUUUGCGUCAUUACUAUCGACUCUACACGCGCUGACUGCUGAAGCUGGCACUCUUGGGCUGACGUUACCCUUAUCUCAGCUAGAAGAAAAUGUGAUCGAAGCCCUAGUUUAUACCUGUGCUUCGUUGAAGUGUCUUAAAAUUCUCUGGACAAACUGGAACCAGUGCCGUAACGAUAUAUUUUUUUUGGAUUGGUCCAGAUAUAACCCAUCCAUCGAAGAGGCACCAGUUCGCGACAAAUCGAACGAAAGGAAAACAGAGAUGUUAGCAAGUGAGUGGAAGUCGUUGCAGACAGAACGAAGAGUUUCACCUGGCUAUACUAUUGCCAUCACAUUAUUAUUAUUACACCUUCUAUCACCACAGAACACCGCACUACCGAAUAGUCAAGGAUACAAAUGGGCUAUAGCAGCGGCCACGUGGUGGUGCUCAUACGCACUUUUGCUCGGCAUUCGCUUUUUAAUCGACAAAUUGGUUGAACCACAUUCAACAAAGUUGAUCAAAGUUUGCACCGACCUUGAAAUGUCGUUGUUAGUUUUCCAAGAGGAGUGUUAUGCACAUUAUGUGAAUGGACGAAACGAGGAUUCAAUGGAUUUAAGGUCAAUGACACAUCCUCUAUCUUCUUGUCGCAUUAUUUGUGCACCGCAGUUAAGACAGAAUUUUUUAUUUCUAAGAGAUAAUUUUCUUGCAGGUGAUUUAUCAGGUGGCCAUUCAAAUCGUGAACUUUUGACUCAAUUUUUAGCUGCAUUUUUUGAGAGAGCAUUAGACGGUCUGAACUGGGUUGCCAGUGAAAGAACAAUUAUGGAGAAAUUAUUCAAUGUGGAGUUUAUUGCCAGAGAGGGUGGAAACACUAGCGUGUUAUUGUACGACGCUGACCUCACAACUCCCUCAUGCUUGGCCAUGACAUGCUCUGAUGAUCUUUCCACCGCGAUCCUGCGUCGCAAGGACAGGCCUAACCGUCUGAUCGUCGAGGAGGCCGUGAGCGAUGACAAUUCGGUGGUCGCUUUAUCACAGGCUAAGAUGGAGCAGCUACAGUUAUUCCGCGGCGACACGGUCCUGCUGAAGGGUAAACGGCGCAAGGAGACCGUCUGCAUCGUGCUCUCAGACGACAAUUGCCCCGACGAGAAGAUCCGGAUGAACCGCGUGGUUAGGAACAAUCUGCGCGUGCGACUCAGUGACGUAGUGUCCAUUGCGCCGUGCCCAUCCGUCAAGUAUGGAAAGAGAGUUCACAUACUGCCCAUCGAUGACUCCGUUGAAGGUUUGACUGGAAACCUAUUUGAAGUAUACUUAAAACCAUACUUCAUGGAAGCCUAUAGGCCCAUACACCGUGAUGACACCUUCAUGGUUCGCGGUGGCAUGAGAGCGGUGGAGUUCAAGGUGGUGGAGACAGAUCCUGCACCAUACUGCAUCGUCGCGCCUGAUACGAUUAUACACUGUGAAGGUGACCCGAUCAAACGUGAGGAAGAAGAGGAGGCUCUCAAUGCAGUAGGCUACGACGACAUUGGCGGGUGUCGCAAGCAGCUAGCUCAGAUCAAGGAAAUGGUGGAGUUGCCACUGCGUCACCCCUCGCUGUUCAAGGCCAUCGGAGUCAAGCCUCCACGCGGUAUCCUCAUGUACGGGCCCCCUGGUACCGGGAAGACUCUUAUAGCGCGCGCUGUGGCCAAUGAAACAGGUGCAUUCUUUUUCCUGAUCAACGGUCCGGAGAUCAUGUCGAAGUUGGCUGGCGAGUCGGAAUCCAACCUGCGGAAGGCGUUCGAGGAGGCAGACAAGAACUCGCCCGCUAUCAUCUUCAUUGACGAGUUGGACGCUAUAGCUCCCAAGCGUGAGAAGACCCACGGGGAGGUUGAGCGUCGUAUCGUGUCCCAGCUGCUCACACUCAUGGAUGGUAUGAAGAAGUCUUCCCACGUGAUAGUCAUGGCGGCUACCAACCGACCGAACUCCAUCGACUCUGCCCUACGUCGUUUUGGUCGUUUCGACCGUGAGAUCGACAUCGGCAUUCCCGAUGCCACCGGACGUCUUGAAAUCCUGCGUAUUCAUACUAAGAAUAUGAAGCUCGGAGAUGAUGUUGAUUUGGAACAGAUCGCAGCAGAGUCUCACGGUCACGUGGGCGCAGAUCUCGCUUCACUGUGCUCUGAAGCGGCUCUACAACAGAUCCGAGAAAAGAUGGACCUCAUCGACCUUGAGGAUGACCAGAUAGAUGCAGAGGUUCUCAACUCACUCGCCGUAUCCAUGGACAAUUUCCGCUAUGCGAUGACAAAAUCUUCGCCGUCGGCCCUCCGCGAGACGGUGGUGGAAGUGCCCAACGUGUCGUGGACGGACAUCGGCGGUCUGCAGAACGUCAAGCGCGAACUCCAAGAGCUGGUGCAGUACCCGGUGGAGCAUCCCGACAAGUUUCUCAAGUUCGGCAUGCAACCAUCGCGUGGUGUGCUUUUCUACGGACCACCUGGUUGCGGUAAAACGCUGUUGGCCAAAGCUAUCGCCAAUGAGUGCCAGGCUAAUUUCAUCUCUGUAAAGGGUCCUGAAUUGCUCACCAUGUGGUUUGGUGAAUCUGAAGCCAACGUGCGAGACAUCUUUGAUAAGGCUCGAUCAGCUUCCCCCUGUGUGCUGUUCUUCGACGAGUUGGACUCCAUCGCGAAAUCCCGUGGAGGUUCCGUGUCAGAUGCGGGUGGAGCCGCCGACCGUGUCAUCAACCAGAUCCUGACUGAAAUGGACGGCAUGGGCGCUAAGAAGAACGUAUUCAUCAUCGGUGCGACAAAUCGUCCCGACAUCAUCGACCCGGCAAUCCUCCGACCGGGUCGUCUGGACCAGCUCAUCUACAUUCCGCUGCCCGACGAGAAGUCGCGUGAGGCCAUCCUGCGCGCCAACUUGCGCAAGUCGCCUAUCGCGAAGGAUGUUGAUCUCACUUACAUCGCUAAGGUGACACAAGGCUUCAGCGGUGCAGAUCUGACAGAGAUUUGCCAGCGGGCGUGCAAGCUCGCCAUCCGACAAGCGAUCGAGGCUGAGAUAAACCGCGAGCGCGCCCGACAACAGCAACAGGCAGCCGCGGUUAUGGACAUGGAUGAAGAGGACCCAGUGCCAGAGAUCAGCCGCGCACAUUUCGAGGAGGCCAUGAAGUUCGCGCGGCGUUCGGUCUCCGACAACGACAUUCGCAAGUACGAGAUGUUUGCCCAGACGUUGCAGCAGAGCCGCGGAUUUGGCACUAACUUCAGAUUCCCAACGUCAGGAGCGACGUCGGGCGGAACGGGCACGUCGGGUGGGGACCAACCCACCUUCCAAGAGGAGGGCGGCGACGACGACCUCUACAGUUAAGUGGUGCUGUCGCGUCCCUCCUCCCCCGGCAGCAAAGUGUGAACACACGGGAAGCUCGCUGCAGUUGUAGAACUGACGUUAUAACAUAAGAAUUAUCUUAUAAAUAUACUUAGGAGUACGUUUCGGGCCCCGUACGUAAAAUACGUCACGUAUUCAAUUUUGCAAGUAAUUUUUUUUUCUUUUACAUAAAUUUAAAAUGUCGCGUCUAAUCUUCCAAAUAUGAAAUAUUGUUAUAUCCUUUACUGAUGCCCCUUUCCCAUUUUCUAUAAGUAAAAAUUUUGUUCUUAUAUUAAUAUCAAAAAACAAGAUUCGUUCUGUUAGCGUUUAAAUAUACGUGGGAUGGUAUUUUAACGUACUUAACUACAGCUAAGCUGGAGUUACAAAAAGUGAAAGCAUUUAUACAUAGCUUAUAGAUUGAAACUGACAUAAAUUGCACAACAUUUUAAUUGAAUGGGCGUGCAUAAAUUCAGCUUUACCAACUGUACGUAUUUUACGGAUUACCCAUAACACAUAAGUGUUUAGGAAGAGCAACUGCAAGCGCGGGCACCGCUUUGAAAUUUAUUUCAUCUAAAACAAGAUGGCGGUCUAACUGCCGUCCCAUCUCCGAAUGAAUAUGUAAAUGUAUUUAUUUUAUAAUUCAAUCAUUAUAGUUUUGUUUCGCUUAUGUUUAAUUGUAUUGUUUGGAAGUACCCGCUCGGCCGGGCUGUAUGAUCCUAUGAUAUAAUUGUUACCGGUAAUUGUCAGAUCGUGUGCGUAGGCGACGGUCGGCCUGUGCCGACAUUACACAAUAUCGCAGUGAUUUUUAUUGAAUAAAAGAUUUUUAUAGUCCAUA